UUUAGCUGUUGCCGGAAUCCUUUCACCUUCGCGUAGAUCUCCGUAAAUGGGCGUUUUGAGUUCGGAAUUUUACAUCAAGACAAAUUUAGGAAUUUCACAUGGAUUCUGGAAAUAGCUCAGAUGUUCUACCUGAAGAUUUGAGUGCCAGUGUUGAAUCCUUCUUUGAGGCAGCCCCACCUCUUCAAGAUAGUGGUCUUACUGCUCAAAAGUUACAAGCCUUUAUUGAUCGGAACUCCAAACCUUUGGAAGAUGGGAGACCCGUUAGAGUUGUCUGUAUCACCUCUGGAGGGACCACUGUUCCAUUGGAGCAGCGAUGUGUGCGUUAUAUUGAUAAUUUCAGCUCAGGUCACCGAGGUGCAGCAUCCACAGAGUAUUUUGUGAAGGCUGGAUAUGCCGUUAUUUUUCUCCAUCGCAGAGGGAGCUGCCAACCUUACUGCCAUCAUCUCCCUGAAGAUUCAUUUCUUGAUCUUUUUGAGGUUGGGGAGGAUUCAUCAAUUCAAGUUUGCCAGUCGCAUUCUGCCGUAGUCAAGAAGGCAAUCAGAGAUUAUCGGACUGCUGUGGAAAGGGGCCAACUUUUAAGAUUGCCAUUCACCACUAUAUUUGAAUAUCUCCAGUUGUUGAGAAUGAUUGCUAUAUCUAUGAAGCAACUCGGACCAUAUGGAAUGUUUUAUCUUGCUGCUGCAGUCUCUGAUUUUUAUGUUCCUUGGGAAUCCAUGGCAAAGCAUAAAAUCCAAUCAUCAUCUGGACCUAUGGAUAUGCGACUCAGCCAAGUGCCAAAGAUGCUUUCAGUGCUUAGGAAAGACUGGGCUCCCAUGGCAUUCUGCAUAUCUUUCAAGUUGGAAACAGAUGCGGAUAUUCUACUUCAGAAAGCAGAGAUAGCAAUGAAAAAGUACCAGAUGCAUAUUGUUGUAGCUAACUUGCUGGCAACAUAUAAAAGGGAAGUGACAGUGGUCACAUAUAAUGGGACGAUUGAUGUUCGCAAGCUAGGCGAGGAUUCUGAUGUGGAGGAUGAACUGAUCAAACUCCUCAUAGAUAGGCACUGCAAGCAUUUGGAGCAAUCUGGAAUAUAGAUUGAUGACUUCUCAAUAAAUUCCACAGUAUAUUUCCAUGCAUUUAACAAAGUUUCAGAAUGUUGUACGCAACACAGAUGCGGAAGGUACGCAUCACACAUGUAUUUUGUUUCUGCUUUACCUGAUCAUAUUUAAUAAAGCAACUACUUUUCUUGUU